AAUAAUAUUUUCCAAAAUACAACUUUCAACUAAUAAUAUUGGAUGUGUCAAAAACAUUAUUAACUUCAGAAAACAUUUUUGUCAAAGGGAACACUUAUCUACACUUCCAAGAAGAAGAAGAAGGAGAAAUAAAAAUACCAUUCCAGUGUGAACAGGGACUUUGGCAAAUUGACAUAAAAAACGACAACAUAGUGGAUUAUAACUGCAGUUUUACCAAGGAAAAUAUGUGGAAAGAAUGUGAACAUAAGGACUUUAAGUUGGUUAAAUACACAGAAGAACAUGGAUUUCUGUUGAAAACAAACAGCAGCGCAAUCUUGGAAUGUGUUCACAAUCUCACUUCAACAUUUAUAUUUCCCUUUAUUUUGUCAAGAGACCAGGUGGAUUCCUUUAUCGUGGCAUUAAUUAAACCAGAGAUGGUGAGUGGUGGGCCUGAUGUGGAAACAAAAAACAUUGUCACCAAGCGCCAAGAAGAAACAGUUGACCUUAUAUGUAAUUUCAAAUUAAAUGAUACAUUUUCUAAAGGUCACAUUUCUGUGUAUUGGAUUAAGAUCACAAAUGAAAGAAGUACAUGUAUUUAUUCUUUUUAUUUGGGCGAUUAUGGAGAACAAGAAUAUUACCGUCACUGUCCAGUUGAUGAAUCCCUGCAUAAAAGAAUGUCAAAUAUUUCAACUGCAAACAAAGAAAAUCACAGUCUUAAAAUCAACCAAGUGACACAUUCAGACAGUGGACAGUAUGUGUGUGCCUUAUAUGUACAGGAAAAUGAGAACAAAUGGUAUGGAAAAGUGAUCUCUAAUAUCACGGUCACUGUAAAAGACAACAGCACCUCCACAAACCAGUCACAUGAUAAGAAUAACCUCAUCAUACUGUAUGUAGUGGGAGCUCUAUUGCUCUUCUGCUUCUUUGCUACUGUCAUUGUCAUGAAGAAAAAGAUCAAGAAUUCCCAAGCAAAACAUAAAACCCUGGGGAUGAACAGAAACCAAGAUGGAGAGGAGACACUUGACUGUUCCCCAUAUGCUGUGGGAACAGGAGACCAGGGGCCCUACUCUCUUGUGAAACAUCCUGAAGUCAGAGAUCCUGUAACGGUCCAAAACAGGCCUGAUGAAUAUGCUCCUGCUGACUCCUAUGAUGUAAUCAUGUUUAAUCCUGAGUAUGAGGCCAUUGACUCCGGGAGACGUCAGACAUCAUCCACCUGACCACACCAGGACUGGAAAUAAAGCAUGGGUUACUAGAAAAACAUUAGAUUUAGUUACUAAUAUUAUGUACAUAAAGACACAUGAAGAUAAUGUGAUUUUCAUUAUUUUUCACCUUCAUGUUGUGUUUAUUCAUAUUGUGUUCAUACUUCAUAUUGACUGAAAUUCACACUAUAUAUUUUUAUCUGUUUUCUCUCUUUUAUUUUUUCAUCUGUUAAAGUGAAUUGAAAUACCUGUUGUAGGAAAUGUGCUAGAUAAAUAGUUUGAUUGGAUUUUGAGUAAGGUUGGGGUAGGAUCACCCGGAGUAUCUUUUGGAUUGGGGUGGUGGGAUAAUAUAUUGUUAAAAAAUUACAAAUUACAAUAAAAUAUUUUUCAUCACUUCAUAGAAAAAUACAAAAAGUGAAAUUGAAGAGAAAAAAGGAUCUACUUUAAGGGGCACUGUGUAAAAUCCUGCCCCUAAACAAUAACACGACUUGUCUCCUCGUCUUCCCUCAUCGAACGAGACCGGAACAGUAUACGUCUAAGGUGCUUUAGGUUUGGAAGAAUAGUACUACGAGUGUCUACAGUGAGUAUAACAAGAUAACAAGUCAAGACAAACUGACAGGCCGAGAAGGUUUAAAUGGGGAAUAAUCUCAGGCACUUGUUUCAAUUUUGUAGAAAACUAUUAUUUUAAACAUUAACUUGAAAUAUUAACUGCCGAUGACUACUCAUAAUUUUUGCCUGUAAUUAUGCUAGUAGUAAAUUAAAAGUCUUAUGUAUUGUCAUUUAAUGUAAUGUACUUAAUAAAACAGGACAAAGCAUGGUCACGAGAUGGUGCUAUUGGUCAGACGAAGAUUCAAUUAGGCAAAGAUCCUGACCAAGAUUCCAUGCUGAUCGAAUUGUUGUCUGCUGUGCGUUAAAGUGAAUAUUAUUUUAUUUUCCUAUUGCUCAGUCCCACAGCUAUGUUUACAUUCUGAUAUUGAAUAAAUAUUACUUGAAUAAAAGGCUAUAGUAAAAA